CUCAUUCAAGCAAGCAGCGACUCAGUACUUUGCGUCCACUCGGCCGAUAAACGUCCCACUCUGAAAUCAGUUCAAGUUAUAGUUGUUUUCGGACCGAAACGUGAUUGGUGUUAGAUUCGGAGACGCCCGCUGUUGAAGAGUAUGCGUUCCUGUUGCCCACCAAUCAUGAAUAUGCGGAAUCCACCACAACAACCUACUAUCAUCUCUUCCGUGGUCCACCCCGAGAAUCUCGGAGCCACGCCACUGUCACUAUUCCCAACACCAAUGGAAAUUAUAUUCUCCUGGUCAGGAUAUCGCUUGUGACGAGUUAAAGCAACAUCUUCAAC